UUCUUGUUGUAUUAUGUUAUUAUAAAACAGUGUCUGUAUUGGACUUAGUUUUAUACUAAGUAGCUAUUCGGUUCCUUUUUUGAACUAAUUUUACCCUUUUCCACGUGAUCAUUAUUGAUCCGUUUACCAAACGAGAAAGCAUGGUUUAUUGAACUGCUGAAUUUUUCGAAUUUAUACCAUAUUUCCCAAAGAAAAUCCUACAACUUUUGUUGUGAUGCCAUUUUGAAGAUUUCGGACGAUGUGAUCUGCUUGUUAUUUGCAGAAAAACGUCUGUAAAGUGAGUUUUUGUUGCGAAAUCGGCCUUGUAAAAUUUACAUGCGGGCAUUAAGCAUGCUGAGGAAGUCGCAAUUCAGGACGACCAAAAUACUUUACAUGCGAUUCUUACAUGGAUAUUCUAUUACUACGAGUCGUCUGGGGAAUAAUAUGGUCAACUGAAGUAAAUUUGGUAAACGAUCGAUAAACAGUGUCAGUGUAUCUACAGUGGUGUAAAAUAUGUAGUAAAUAAUGUCGGGCUCGAGAUCCCGAAAACUCUUACAUGAACUAUGUCAGCUGUAAACAUAGACCCUUCGCUGUAGGUCUCUGCUGUAAACAAUAAUAUACAAUUACAUUAUAGACCUGACAGUGUAUAGACUUUUUCCCGGGAGGUUUUUGCAACUGGCCGUCAGUGAUUCACCUACAUCGUUAAUCCUAACACCGUGAUCAGGCCUGGAGAUUUUAUCAAUCACACCGGUAACUUCAUUCCUUUAGGAACUUUUGCCUAUUUACGGUGAUUUGCAAUUUGCUGAGCUUAGAAAAUGUGCAUCUAUGUAAUAACAUCAUUUUUAUUAACUGUCCAUCCAAAAUAUCACAAGACAGUUUGCUUCUUACAUUCACCUUGGCCGGGGAAUAAGAACCUGUUUGUUACAGUGGAAACCUUUCACUUCUUCAAGGACUUGAAUGUCAGAAUCAUCUACACAAACCAGAUAUUGAUGAGUGAAUAUAAACAGCUCAGCAGUGACGAGUGUUACCUUUUUACAAGUUAUGAGAUCUCCAUUGAUGCUGAUGUAGUAUUCACUUUACACUCCUGCAUUCCCAGUAUAAAACAGAGUUACCUAUCCCACCAAAUUAGAAACAGACACUAUCCACACUGGGUAACACUUGCAGAAACUAUAUGGGCCAUGUGGAAACAACAGUCAGAAAUCAGAUAUGCAUGCACAGACAACACAACAGUGGACAAACAAGUGCCCAUUACCAAGGACAUUGCCUCAACAUAGCAAAGUAUUGUUUUAUUUUGGGUGAUGUAUUGGUUCAUGUUUCUGGAGACUGCUCUGUCAACAAGUCCA